CUCUUUACCCCCGGACCGCUUCCUCCCCUCUCCGAGGGUGGAGCCUGACACUUAAAUCCCCCGGCCCGGCCUCCCCGUCCCAGGAAGUGAGCGCCCGCAGAUCUGCCUGCUGCCCCACGUGCUGUGUACGCUGUGCCAUGGAGCUGGAGGAGUUGGGAAUCGGGGAAGAGUGCGGAGUUUUCGGCUGCAUCGCAUCGGGGAGCUGGCCCACGCAGCUGGAUGUGCCCCAUGUCAUCACCCUGGGGCUCGUGGGGCUGCAGCACAGGGGGCAGGAAAGCGCUGGUAUAGUGACCAGUGAUGGCGGUGCUGUUCCCACAUUUAAAGUACACAAGGGAAUGGGCCUCGUCAAUCACGUGUUCAGUGAAGAGAGUUUGAAGAAACUGAAUUUAAGUAACCUGGGUAUUGGACACACAAGAUACUCAACUACAGGGAACUCUGCCCUGGAGAACUGUCAGCCGUUUGUGGUUGAAACGCUGCACGGAAAGAUCGCCGUGGCCCAUAAUGGUGAACUAGUAAACGCCGCACAGCUCCGACGAAAGUUAAUGCGGCAUGGGGUCGGACUGUCCACCAGCUCUGACAGUGAGCUCAUUACUCAGCUUCUGGCGUUCACGCCACCUUUUGAGGAGGACCACACCGCAGACUGGAUAGCACGCAUUAAGAACUUAAUGAAUGAAACCCCCACAUCUUAUGCGCUGCUUUUCAUGCACGAUGAUGUCAUCUACGCCGUACGCGAUCCUUAUGGAAAUCGACCGCUCUGCAUUGGCCGGCUGAUCCCAGUGAAUGCUGAUGGCAAAGGGAAAGACCCCUUGGAGACCGAAGGUUGGGUGGUCUCUUCUGAAUCCUGCAGCUUUCUGUCUAUUGGAGCUGAGUAUUAUCGAGAAGUACUGCCAGGGGAAAUAGUGAAAAUAUCCAAAGAUGGAGUGGAGACCCUGGAUAUUGUGCCAAGACCGAGAGCGAGAGACCCGUCUGCUUUCUGCAUCUUUGAAUAUGUUUACUUUGCACGACCGGAUUCUAUAUUUGAAGGGCAAAUGGUCUAUUCAGUCAGGAGAAGAUGUGGCCAACAGCUGGCUAUAGAAGCUCCGGUAGAAGCUGAUCUGGUUAGCACAGUGCCGGAGUCGGCCACGCCAGCCGCCUUGGGCUAUGCUGAGAAGUGCGGGAUUCAAUACGUGGAAGUGCUGUGCAAAAAUCGUUACGUGGGGCGAACCUUUAUUCAACCAAACAUGCGGUUACGGCAGCUUGGCGUAGCCAAAAAGUUUGGCGUCCUGUCUGAUAACUUUGUUGGUAAAAGAGUAGUCCUGAUUGAUGACUCUAUUGUACGAGGAAACACCAUCUCUCCUAUAAUAAAGCUGUUAAGGGAUUCUGGUGCAAAAGAGGUACAUAUAAGAGUGGCUUCUCCUCCAAUAAAAUACCCCUGUUACAUGGGAAUCAACAUACCCACCAAAGAAGAACUCAUAGCCAACCGGCCAGAAUUCAACGACCUGGCAGGUUAUAUUGGCGCCGACAGUGUGGUUUACCUUUCCGUCGAUGGCCUAACAGCUGCGGUUCGGGACGGAAUCAAAACCUACAAAGAACAGAACUGUUUAAAUGGAAACUCCACGCCAGCGACGUCUCCUGGCCACUGUACGGCGUGUCUCACGGGAGAGUAUCCCGUAGAAUUGGAGUGGUGAAAAGUCCAGUCUUAUUGUGUGGGACUGGGUCUGUGCUUUUAAUACUGUGAUUGCUGGUAUCGAAGCUUGGACAGACUUUUAACCCAAUGUACAGCUGGCUCCCAUCUGUACUCCCCGUCACUACCGCCGAUGCUCCCGGGACAGACCAAAGAUCCUGGUUAAGAAUCCUGGUUUCUGUGCAGCUGGAAUCGCUUCAGUUUUGUGGUUGUGUGAAUGUUUGUGUAGAAAUCGUGUGUGUGCGCAGUGUCUAACAGAUUUACUUGUUGUGGUACGUGUACACGAUACUGACCGCUGCCUAACACCGCAGCAGUGGGCCUCAAUAAAUGGUUUUAUUUUUA